AUGGCGGUCGUCCUGCAUUUUGAGACGCAUCCUUUCUACAGCGACAACGAAGCACAAGCCGUCUCCUUCUAUACCCGUUCUGCAAGUGACUCCAGCACCAAGUUUGCGGCGGAUGGAAUAGCUAGAACGGAAGUGCUGCAGGCGACCUGCCUGUUAGCAAUGAGAAACAUCCUCUGUACGUACAUGGUCGACACUGAAGACGGAAUUGCCACUGACCAGCAGCAUUCAGCGGGCCAAUUGGACAAAGCUUGGAUGAUGAUUGGCUCUGCAGGACGACUGUUUCUACUUCGCAAGCAGACUAUAGCUGAAGUUGAUCGUUUGCUUGAGGAAGACCUGUCGCGCUGCUUUUGGAGCAUCUAUCUUCUUGAACGCACCUUCAGCAGCAACGCUGUCCAGCUCUCCGACACGAAUAGUCCCAGGCGACCUCCAAGCGCGUGCCUGCCACCAACUAUUGCUUCAACCGGCAAUGGGACCCAUUCUCCUGAUUUUCUGGAUGACAACAAUCCUGUCAGAGACCUCGGCAUCAACUACUACUACCUCGAUCUGGCAGGAGUCUGGGGCAAACUUCUCAUCCAUUUGCAAGAGCUCCGGAACGGCAAGGUCGAAGAGUCUUGGACCUCCGAGUCGACGUAUGCAAGGCUCCAGGUUGCACUAUACGAACGCGACACUCGGCUCUGCACGAAACAUCUGCUCCGCCACACAAAUUUCGGUUCCCGCACCAAAGAGGAGCUCUCCGCCCACCGACAGUACUGGCACCCUUGGCUUGCCAUGCAAUUGUUCUCUCACGCAAUUCCCGCCAUACUCAACCACCCCUUCAUUCAUCUGAGUGCGUUGCGAGACGGUCCUGGCGGUGCAGCACGAUCACGCUUCUUUCUACAGCAGACGGUCGACACAGCUUUGCUCCACUCUGCGUGGGUUGCGCGCUUGCUGCAGAUGUGCGACGAGCUUGGUUUCGAGAUCCACAGUCCCCUCAUUGGCGAUGUCGUUGCAUCCACAGCCACGGUGGCCUGGUUGUUCCAGUUUACAGGAGAUGCCAAAACAAGGACCACGGCGAUGGAAAAUUUCAAGACGUUCCAGACCGUGCUGUCUCGCUUGUCGGUCUCAUGGCCGAACCUAUCUACCAAGGUCGAACUCCUUCGCGCCCUGCAAACGAUAAGCGAUGAGAAAGCCCGCGAAAGCACGGAAUCAUCGAGAUCCAUUUCUUUCCCACCAAUGAUCCUCUGGGACAUUCUGGCUCCGCUGCCUGGACAGGACACCAUGGGAGCGGUGACACAGACUCGAGAUACGACACAGCGCGAGCAUACAGUGGACACCAGGCUACGUGUGCGAACGCAGUAUACGCAUCCUCUGACAGAAAACCGCGCAGCAGCAGCAGCAGCACCUGCUGUUGUCGCCGACAGCUUUGCCGAAGAUGUCGCCGUGCCUGGCACACAGAUUGUUGAACUUGCAGAGCUGUCGAUCAACGACCUGCUCACGCAGUUCCCGGAACAGGAUUUUUUCUAUCCUGGCUACAAUCAGAGCACCAUGUGA